GUCUGAGGAUGAAGAAUCUCCUCUUUGCCCUGCUCUUGGCUUGCGGGCUGCUCCCAGCUCACAGCAGCGUCCUGGAGCUGGAGCAGAUGAUCAGGGCGGCCACGGGGAGAAGCGCGCUGCUGUCCUACAGCUGGUACGGGUGCUUCUGCGGCAUCGGCGGCAGAGGGACCCCGGUGGACUCCACCGACCAGUGCUGCCAUGCCCAUGACUGCUGCUACAGGAAGCUGAGGGCGGGCACAUGCACCCCCCUGAUAACCCCCUACCAGUUCGAUGUUGCUGAUGGAGACAUUGUCUGCGGUGAUGAGCAGAGCUGGUGCGAGAGAGAGACCUGCCUGUGUGACCAGGCGGUGGCUUCGUGCUUCGCAAGCACUUUGCAUUCCUACAACAAAUCCUACCUCUUCUAUUUCAAGCUGAAAUGCCAAGGAAGCAAACUCCAGUGCUGAGCCGGGGGGGUCUGCAAGCACAGCUGCAGGGUUUCAUUGGCUUUCCCUAUUGCUGCGGCAAGAAAAGCCUGAUGUGGGGGCUGAACACAGCCAGAGCCCCUGCGGUGAUGCUGAGGGUGAG